UGCAUACAAUAAAAUGCUAAUGCUAAUAAAAUGAUUUUUAAGACACAAUAUAUAUUGCUAAACUUUAAAAAAUCUAUUUUAAUAUUGUGCAACUAAUUUACAAGUCAGUUUUAGGAAGGAUGCAAGAUGCUAAGCACCACCCAAAUACAAAUGGCGGAAGUUAAUAUAAAGGACCACAGUAUCCCCCAGCCCCUGAUACCUUACAUAGCCAUGAUGAAGUCUGCUUCCAGUUUGCUGACGCUGAUCUUUUGGGUCACCAUCAUUCACUGCUAUGCGGGGGACACCUGUCCAGAUGUGAAGGUCAUUGGUGUUGGAGACUCAGACAGACUGACAAUACUGAGAGGAUGUCCAGGAACCCCGGGAGCCCCAGGACAGCAGGGUCAGCCUGGGCCAGCAGGAAUUAAAGGAGAUAAAGGGCCUCCAGGAAUUCCAGGGAAAAUGGGACCCACUGGGAUGAAAGGAGACAAAGGGAUUCCUGGAAUAAAUGGACAAAAAGGUGACAAAGGAGAUCCUGGAACACCAGCAAAGGGAACUGCACAAAACUGUAAGGAGCUGGUGGACAUGGGCGCUUCCCUUAAUGGCUGGCACACAAUUUACCUACCAACUGGGGUACCACUGAUGGUGCUGUGUGACAUGGAGACGGAUGGAGGAGGCUGGACAGUGUUUCAGAGGCGCUUGGAUGGUUCUGUGGAUUUCUACCGGGACUGGAAUUCCUACAAGACAGGAUUUGGGAGUCAGGGCAGUGAGUUCUGGUUGGGAAAUGACAACAUACAUCUCCUCACCUCAACUGGUACCUUCCAGUUAAGAUUUGAUUUCACAGAUUUCGAUAACAAUAAAACGUAUGCCUCAUUCAGAAACUUCCACAUUGCUGCAGAAUCGCGGAACUACAUUUUGACUGUGGGAAACUUCACUGGGGGGGAUGCAGGUGACUCAUUCUCUUAUCACAAUAAGGCACCAUUUUCAACCAAAGACAGAGAUAAUGACUCAGCUAAAAGUAGCUGUGCGCAGGUGUACAAAGGCGCUUGGUGGUACAGAGAAUGCCACUUCUCCAACCUCAAUGGGCUCUAUCUGAAAGACAACCAGACUAGCUUUGCUAACGGUAUAAAUUGGAGGACUGGCAAAGGUCACCAUUACUCAUAUAAGGUGACAGAAAUUAAGUUCCGACCACAAGUUUAACAACAGAUGUGAGUGGCCCAGCUUGCAGAAUAAGAAAAUGAAAUAUCUAAAGUGCUUUGAAACCUAUGAACUUGGACAACGCAACACAGGUUUUCACUGUGAUGAGAGUUGCUUUGUGUUUUUCCAUGGUCAAAGUGUAGCUUGUUCAAAAUCCCAAAUCUCUGCUUUAGUGUAUUCAAACAUUUGUUGCUUGGCUUUUCCCCAAUAUAUUCAAAGCUCAGACCAGCCAUUUGGCUUCCUAUAAAUCACCAAGUGACCUUCAAGAUACUCUCUCAUUAUUAUUAUUAUCAAUUAUUUGUAGAGCGCCGACAGAUUCUUUAAUUUCAAAUAACAGAGGUAUCCAACUCCAUCUGGAGGGUCAAACAUAGUCCAGCAUUGUUAGGAUCACUGGGCUUGAGAAAGAAUCAUAUUUACUAAAAAUGGUUCAUUGAAACAGAACUGAUCAUUGAUUAGGACACAUCACGUAAGGUGGGACCCUCUGAAUGCAACUGAACUAAUUCUGAUCCAAGGUCUGCUGGAAUUGCUGAGUUGCCACGGCAUUCCUUCAGCUGUGGAUCAUACCCUGUACUGUUGCUUGUCCAUUAACGCCAGUGUUCUUAUGCAAUGUCCUUUAUCUGAUGGUUUUAUAUAUGUUUUAAAUAAAUAUUUACCUGGA